AUGUUUCAAUUCAAUCGUGAGUUGGCUGCUUUUGGAAUAAAUUGGACUCCCAAACGGUUAUACUAUCUCGAGGCCUGGAAUUUCGCCGAUGUUCAGUCCGCUACGCUCUGGAACUUUCGGGAGGGCUUUCUUGAAGAUUCCCAAGUCCCAGAAUGGCUGAAUCAAACCGGCGAGUUUUCCCCUCCAACUCCACCGAUCGCGGCCGGGGCUGCGCGUGGAGGGAUACGGCUACUAGCAUGCAACUACCAUCUGUUCCCAAAGGUCUCCGUGGGCAUGUCUCGUGAGGCGUUCGAGUUGGUUGAGUCGAGCUUUCAGCUUCACCCAGCGACAUUACCAGCCUUGGAAGUCGCCACAGGGACGUUUUCGAGACACUUCGAGAACGACAUGAAUGGAGGCAGGCAAAUAUCAAUCAUCCUGAAGGCGCCCCAGAAAUACGAGAUAGGAAAUCACAUGCUCUCGCUCACAUAUAAUACAACUUCACGAUGGUCAACCGCUUUGCUGGCUGGCGAAUCGCUUGUGGAUUUCACAAUCAACUUGCACAAUCUGCCUUCGUUGCCUUCCGGGCCGUGGUCGCCCUGCGCCGUUGUCCGGGAAUAUCUGAUAUCUUCGCCAACUCUAUGGGGCCACCCUCUCACUCUGCCGUGCAUUGUCCUGAGCCAUCACCUUAAACGAUUGCAACAUCACUGCAACAGGGACUUGACUCCAGCAGUGAUGGCCGUCGAAGCGCAGCUCGGCGUGACGCGUGUAGGUCGAAGAAACUCGGAAUCCGCAUCUCGCACUUUGAGCGCGUUCAAAGGCAGACCGGUCGCGAGAGCUCAGUCGGAGCAUCUCACAGUCACUAUCAAUACCCAACUUACCAGGGUCGGCUUUACGGCGCAUAACCCGAAAUGGAACUAUCAGGCGUCCGAGUUGCUUGUUAGGGUCAUGACGGAAGUAAUAGCUUCUAACCCGCAUUUGCCACCGGACGCGAAUGACGCGAUACUGGGUCUGCUUGAUCAUAAUAUCACCCUGGCCAGGUCACUUGAGGAUCAUGUGCUCGGUAUCCAGAAGCGAUUGGAGUUGCAGCUGAAUGUGUUAUACAGCUUUGUCGCCCAGACAGACAAUCGGCUGAGCGCACGCCUUGCUGCGACAGCAGGACGGGAUAGCACUUCAAUGAAGAUACUGGCUUUCAUCACGACAAUUUUCCUACCCGGGUCAUACGUCGCGACGUUGUUCUCCAUGAACAUGUUCAAUUGGGACGAUGGUUCUGAUUCUGCGACUUCGGAGUCGGGUGGUACUACGGUUUCGCCCCAGUUCUGGAUCUACUGGGCAGUUGCAGCCCCUCUUACUGCUAUCACGCUGGCGGGCUGGGCGCUAUGGUGGAGCUUCGAGAAACAUCGAUACGACGAGCACCUAGAAGGAACCGAACAGAAUGCGAAUGUCAAGACUCCUCCGUGGUGGCGGAGAAUAAUGGAAAGCCGACAGAUUCUCCACCCGGAGCUGGCAGACCCCUUGGGAGCCAUACCUGUCCCUAACCAGCCCACUGAACAAUACGAAGACAGCCAGUACGACGGCCAUCGGCGGCGGCGCGUACGAGGUGAGCGGCGGUUGAGUAGAUCUAGGUGA